AUGAAGCCGCCGCCGCAGCCGAGGCGCCUGGCGGGCACAGCACUGCUGGAGGAUGCUGGAGACCUGGCCGAUGCACUGGGUGAGUUCAAUGCUGUCCUUGAGGAUUUCUCCUCGCCCAUUGACAAGCGCCACUUCCAGUACGAGGAGCACCUGGCGCGCAUGAAGCGGCGGAGCAGCGCCAGUGUCAGCGACAGCAGCGGCAUCAGCGACUCAGAGAGUGCAGAUUCACUCUACAGAAACAGUUUCAGCUUUAGUGAUGAAAAGCUUAAUUCUCCAACAAUAUCUACUCCAACUCUACCAUCUCCAGCAGUAACCCCUUGCAAAGCAAAGUUAGGAGAUACAAAAGAACUGGAAGACUUUAUUGCUGAUCUUGACAGGACAUUAGCAAGUAUGUGAAGCAAAGGGAUUUUUGGCAUCAUGCCUGCCUACAAAUAUUUCCUUGCAGAAAGAUGCAAUGAAGACCUGGUGAUACUGAUUACUGAAAAGUUGCUGCCAGAUCUGAUAACUGUCUACUUUGCUAUCUAAGAUUUUCAUAUUCUAAACAUAACUAGUCAUCUUCCAUAAGCAUUAACUGAUUACAUCAGUUGUAUUUGCAGCAAUCAGGAUCUGAUAACUUAAAUGUGCUGGUGCUAUAUUUUUUCUCAAAAAUAUAGCUGAAAUGUUAAUUUAAAAUUGCUGUUUUGAAAAUAUAUUUGUAAGUUUAUAUAGUUGGAAACUUUAAUGCUUUUUUCCAUUAUAAUAUAUUUUUGUACACAAAUAAAACCUGAACUGAAAUCUAGCUGUCUAAAAACUU